AUUAUGGUGCAGCAGCUGUCUGAAUACAAUAUUAUGGUGCAGCAGCUGUCUGAAUACAAUAUUAUGGUGCAGCAGCUGUCUGACUACAAUAUUAUGGUGCAGCAGCUGUCUGAAUACAAUAUUAUGGUGCAGCAGCUGUCUGAAUACAAUAUUAUGGUGCAGCAGCUGUCUGAAUACAAUAUUAUGGUGCAGCAGCUGUCUGAACACAAAUAUCCAAUACCUUGAGCAAUUGUGUUCAGCAGUGGUUGGUUUUUCCUCGCACAUGACGUCAGAGAGUUUCUACCAUAACGCAGUAUUUUUUGUAACCUAUUUUUAGCUAUUAUAUCCUUCCAAGAGAGAGUGACAGAUCCGGGUUUUAUUAAGUAAUGUAUUGUUGAAUAAGACAAUAGCGUGAGGAGGCGAGUGAAGAUGAGAGAGGUAGAAUGAGACAAAGAGUUACAGGAACCAGGUGUGUGAGGCACGGCGGUCGCAGUUUAUAUAUAAAGGCAACCACUGCUGAAACACCUUGCAGUCUUACAGCGUCUCCCGGCAGAGAAGGAAGCCAUGAACGUCUGUCUGUUGUUGUUGGCUGUUGUGUCGGCUACUGUGGUCCAGACAUGGGCUGAGGGGGUGUUGUUUGAACCAAGGUCCAACACAGACACCUGUACACUCGACACAGGUGGUACAGGGCGAUGUGUCGACGUGCGUGAGUGUCCACCUGUUGCCGAGACAAUCGGGGUGAAGAUGCCUGUACUGUGUGGCUUCAAUGACAAGUAUCCCAUAGUGUGUUGCCCCAUCCCUGUAGAUGUGGUGGCGGAACCCAGCCUGGAUUAUUCUCCCCCUCACGUAAGCUUUGACUGUGGGGUCACUUUCGACAGGACCGUGCCGUUGUCUUACGCUCUUGGUUUUACAAGUGACAGCAACGGUAAAAUACUUCGUCCUGGACACAAUUUAACUGGGCUUAGCUUCCCAGGGCUAUUGACAGGGCUAACACCAGGCGUGAUACCAACAGGAGUUAUACCAAGUAGACUACCAACAGGACUUACACCGGGCGGGCGUUUCCAGAAGCGGUCACUGGCACCGGUCAAUACUCGACCCCCCAUCGACCCGGACAGACCCGUAGUUGGCGGCAAGACGUCUAACAUCAACGCCUGGCCCUGGAUGGCGCUGCUGGGGGAGAAGAAAAAAAAUGAGACUAUCACCUGGUUCUGUGCUGGGGCUCUGAUCAAUGAAUACUGGGUCCUUACAGCCUACCACUGCUUCCUGUUUGAAGACAUCAACAUCGUACGUCUGGGUGAACAUGACUACAAUACCGCCAGUGAUGAGGCUGUCCCUAAGGAUUACACUAUUGACAAGGUCGUCUUACACCCAGAGUUUAAGUUCCCAGCCAGCUACCAUGACUUGGCCCUUGUUAAACUGGAUCGUCAAGUUAUCAUACAGGGACACAUACGACCCGUGUGUCUGCCGUGGGGAGAGGACACUAAGACUCAGCUGGAGGGGCAGAAGGUGACUCUUACUGGCUGGGGUAACACGGCUUAUGGUGGCUCCCGCAGCUCAGCGCUACAAGAGGUGGAGGUGACAGUGUUCCCGACGCCAGAGUGUGAAAAGUCCUACUCAGAUUUACGAGACUAUCCCUUUAACUGGCCCCGAGGUUUGGGAGAUGAGGUGAUGUGUGCUGGUGAUAAGGCCGGAGGGAGAGACGCCUGUCAGGGUGACUCUGGUGGCCCCAUAGUCACGAAAGACUCCUCCAAUAGCUACACCUUGGCUGGGAUCGUGUCCUAUGGUUAUGGCUGUGGUAAGAAGAAGUACCCCGGCCUAUACGUCAACGUCCGUCACCUGCCUUAUCUGUCGUGGAUCAAGAGCAUCGCGUUCAAGUGAUCCACCAUUAACCAUACGAUGACCAAGACCACAUUAACCAGUCCCUACCUUAACUAUUCCCAGUCUUAAUCCUCCUCCUCCUCCUCCUCCUCCCAACAAGAAUAUUUCCAGCAUCUUAUAUAUAUUCUUUAUUUUUAUUUAUUUAUUUAUUUCAUCUGAGUUUUCUUCUCUAUCUGUCUUAUUAUCUUAUUUACCUGUUCCUGAUUAUUAUCGUUUAACUUCACUCUGGUGAUGGUGAUGACAAUUAACCUACUACCAUGAUGACAGUUAACCUACCAUGAUGACAGUUAACCUACCAUGAUGACAGUUAACCUACCAUGAUGACAGCUACCCUACCAUGAUGACAGCUACCCUACCAUGAUGACAGUUACCCUACCAUGAUGACAGUUACCCUACCAUGAUGACAGUUACCCUACCAUGAUGACAGCUACCCUACCAUGAUGACAGUUACCCUACCAUGAUGACAGUUAACCUCCCAUGAUGACAGUUAAUCUACCAUGAUGACAGUUAUCUUACCAUGAUUUUUAGUUAUCCUACCAUGAUGACAGUUACCCUACCAUGAUGACAGUUAACCUACCAUGAUGACAGUUAACCUACCAUGAUGACAGUUAUUUUACCAUGAUGUUUAGUUACCCUACCAUGAGGUUUAAUUAUCCCACCACGAUGUUUAGUUAACCUACCAUGAUGACAGUUAACCUACCAUGAUGACAGUUAACCUACCAUGAUGACAGUUACCCUACCAUGAUGUUUAAUUAUCCCACCAUGAUGUUUACUUAACCUACCAUGAUGACAGCUACCCUACCAUGAUGACAGCUACCCUACCAUGAUGACAGCUACCCUACCAUGAUGACAGCUACCCUACCAUGAUGACAGCUACCCUACCAUGAUGACAGCUACCCUACCAUGAUGACAGCUACCCUACCAUGAUGACAGCUACCCUACCAUGAUGACAGCUACCCUACCAUGAUGACAGUUACCCUACCAUUAUGACAGUUACCCUACCAUGAUGACAGCUACCCUACCAUGAUGACAGUUACCCUACCAUUAUGACAGUUACCCUACCAUGAUGACAGCUACCCUACCAUGAUAACAGCUACCUUACCAUGAUGACAGUUACCCUACCAUGAUGACAGCUACCCUACCAUGAUGACAGUUACCCUACCAUGAUGACAGCUACCCUACCAUGAUGCUUAGUUACCCUACCAUGUAUUACAGAUCUACGUCAGCUUGGGAGAAUUUGAUCCAUAAUAAAUGAAUAAAAAUCA